UGGGAGGAGUUGACGUCUUGUAAAACAGAUCGUUUUGUUGUUGUCCUUUUCGAAACGUUUCAGUCACCGAGUCAGCGAGGUGGAAAUGAAACCAAGUGCGUUCCCAGUAUGUUUACUGUCGCUCCGCUUUUUAAGUCUGCAGUCGCUUCAUUAACAAACAUGGGCAAAGAACAUACAUGUUUUUAAGUUCGUCCCUCGUCACUUCUGAAACCCUCUAACACCCCUGGCAGGAUUUCUCUGAAUAUUGGGCGACUGUGUAAAUAUUUGCUGGAUGGAAGGUGAGCCGUUAUUGACGGGGAGCAUAAGCCGGGGUUCUUGUGAUUAUGGAUCUCACGAUAGUGUUCAGCAACAUGAAGAAUCGCCAAGAUCAAGACGACUGUCCUACUCCGCUACUGACGACUCCCGUCCCAUUGAAGAGGAUGGAGACCUCUAUGUCCAACAGGCGGUUGUAUUUAUUGAGGAUGCAAUUCAGUAUCGGUCCAUCAAUCACAGAGUUGACUCUGGAUCGUUGCGAUUAUAUCGAUGGUAUUACUCGAGCAUAUGCCAGUGGGGUCUGGGGUUCACUAUUGCCAUUGUGCUUGCUCUGGCCUUCAUUGAGAGACCCUCCUCUCUGUCCUACACCUCAGACAUACGUUUCAAACCCAAACCCUGGCAGCCACCCUGUGGACUAACGGAGGGUAUCGAGAUGGUCUGCCUUUGUAUCUUCAUCCUAGAUGUCACUGUGAAGAGCUAUUUGAUUGGAUGGGAGGGGUUCCGGAUGAACAAAUGGCUGAUUGGCUAUAUAAUAGUCAUUGCAGCAUCAGUUAUUGAUUGGAUGUUGAGUGUUAGCAUGAUGUGCGAUGAGAGUUUAAGAGUCAGGAGACUGAUUCGUCCAUUUUUCCUCCUGCAAAACUCCUCUCUCAUGAAGAAAACUCUAAAAUGUAUCAAAAGGACUCUUCCAGAGAUAGCAAGUGUUAUCCUACUUCUAGCGCUACACAUUUGUUUGUUCACCAUGAUCGGAAUGCUGAUCUUUGCCAAAUCAGACGAUUCUACGAAGAAUGGAGAAUGGGAAACAUACUUCAAAAACCUGCCUAAGGCCUUGUCCUCUCUGCUAGUGCUGCUCACCACAGCCAACAACCCUGAUGUCAUGAUUCCAGCGUACUCUCUGAACCGCGGCUAUUCUAUAUUUUUCAUACUCUUUAGUGUGUUUGGAACGUAUUUAUUGAUGAAUUUAAUGACAGCUAUUAUUUAUAACCAGUUCAGAGGAUAUCUUCUGAUGUCAGUUCAGACAUCUAUAUUUCGGAGGCGUGUGGGUAUCCGUGCUGCUUUUGAGGUGCUGUGCUGUCCGGGACGAGGACACACCAGUAGUCAAUCUGAAGGCCAUGUGGAGCGAGUGGCUGUAAACAUGUUUCUGCAGGUCAUGGGUAGAGUGCACAUGAAGUCUUACUACAGACAAGCUAUCAUUAAGGCUGCUCAGCAGUUCCCAGACGGCUUCAUCAACGGCGAGGCCUUCAAGAGGCUUUUCAAUGAGCUGGACAAGGACUUUCUCAAAGAGCAUCCACCAAAACCAGUGUACAGUUCUUCAGUCCUGCAGAAAAUCCAGUAUAUCUUCAGUCACUACUAUAUUACUGUGCUGGGAAACGUUGUCGGUUUGGCUAAUGUCUUGUGCAUCUGUACCGUCCUGGUUCUGGAUUCAGAGAAGUCCUCGUCUGAGAGGGAUUACUACUACAUGGAGAUCAUCAACUUUGUUUUCACCCUCUACUAUUUAAUAGAGAUGUUACUGAAAAUAGUGGCUUUUGGUUGGAAAGGUUAUCUCUCUUACAUAAAUAAUAUAUUUGAUGGAUUUCUCACUGUUCUCCUGCUGGCCAUUCAGAUUGCUACAUUCAUCAAAUACAGAAUUCCCAAUAAUAAAGUGGAUCUGGUUCCACAGCAUGUGAUGUCUUUGUGGGAGAUGGUUCGAUUGGUGAACAUGUUGAUUGUUUUCCGCUUCCUCAGGAUAAUUCCAGAAAUCAAGUUGAUGGCUGUGGUGGCCAGCACUCUUGUAGACCUGGUGAAGAACUUACGGGCAUUUGCUGGUAUUCUGUUGGUGGUAUACUAUGUGUAUGCGGUUCUUGGUAUCUGGCUUUUCCAGGGAGCUAUAACCGCCCCAAAAAAUAUGAGCAUGAUCUCUAACUCCAGCACGGAGAAUGCUACAGGCGUGUUCACCAUGGAUUGUGGAUCUUUUGAACAGCUGGAGUACUGGCCAAAUAACUUUGAUGAUUUUGCUGCCUCUUUGGUCCUGCUUUAUAACAUCAUGGUGGUGAAUAACUGGCAUGUCUUCACAGACGCAUACACCAGAUACACAACAGAGUGGUCUUUGGUGUACUUUGUGGCUUGGUGGUUAACAUCGUCAGUCAUGUGGGUCAACUUGUUUGUGGCUCUCAUUUUGGAGAACUUCACAUAUAAAUGGGACAGAAGUAAUGCGUUAUCUGUUGCGGAAGUGGAGAUGAUUGCUUAUCAAAGCACAGUGCAGCUGAUGUUCAGAGAGCAUGUCCAAGAGCCGACAGAAGAAGAAUUACUUGCUAAACUCCAACAACACCCUCAUCUCCACCUCGGCUGGUGACCCAUAGCAUAUGCACCCUCAUUUCCAUCUCACGUGGUGCCUUUUAUUCAAGGACAUAAUUGCACCAAAACAAACCCAGAAUCCUCCAGGACUCCAUCACUUCUGUGUAGGCCUCAUGUUUACAUAUCCAUCAAUUUCUGAGGACCUGUUUCCUAUUAUAGGCUCUGUGGUGCUUCAGGUUUGCUUGGGAAUGGAUAUAUGUGUAGCUUUAAUUUAAAAAGAGGCUGUAGCUCAAGAGUAAAGUGACUGCAGAGAUCUUGUUUUAUCCUCAGGACAACCUUUAGAUUACACUAGUAUUCAGUUCUCACUAUCAGUAGCAAUAUGUUUUGGCUUACCCAGACUAUUGGAAGGAGUUCACUGUUCAAAAGUCUUUGUUUUGUGAGAAAGCAGUCACACUAUUGCAGUACCAUAUAUUCUUUCAUUUCUUUUCUUGAGCCUGUUACAGUCGAACAACAAAAUACAGUUAAUGGAAGAUUUUUAGAAAAGCUCACAGGUGGGUCUGGAGCUAUGAGCUUUUUUUUUAAAACCAUGGAAAACAAAGGGACAAGGCACAUUAAUGUGUUAAAUGCAAUAUAUUUUUUGAUCGUUUUAUUAAGUCUUUGAUUCUAUUUUAAACUGUGUGCCAUAUCUUCUUUUAUUUACAAUUUUACUGUGUAUUUUACAGAAAUCUUAGUGGAUACUUCAUGCACAUUUCUGUGACCUUGGUUAUUAUUGUAACUCUCAGCUGGAAACUUAGUGGCACAGUAGCUAUUUUUACAGUGUUUUAUUUUAGAUAUCAACUGAUAGAAUUUUGCUGUGCAACUUAAUAUUUGGCAUAAAAGAUUUAGCAAUACCACUGUGUUGUUUUCUUUAUUUUUUAGUACUUGUUACAUGGUUAAUAAUGUGCAGGCACAUCAGGUUUUUAUCAUGCUUUAGUUUUCUGGAGCAUGCUUUGCAUCAAAUAAACUUUAGAUGACAUCACAUAAGACCA